AUGAAAUUACAUUCAGAGACUUUGUUCUAAUAUUUUUAAAUUGAUCAUGGAGAUAUUUAAAGCAGAAUAAAAGCAAUUAAAUGUCAAUUAUUAACAACUGGUAUAUGGGGAUAAUCUAAACAUGGAAAAAAUGUUGAUCUUAAUAAACUAAUAUAAGGAAUUUGUUCUUUUGAUUCAUCAUUAUCCUUUAUAUAUAAAUUGGCAAAAUGCGUAUAUAAUAAUUCGCAAAAUUAAGAUACCAAUUUAGCAUUACUUAAGGAUUGUUUAUAAUACCCUUAUCAAUUAAUAAAUAUUGCUUACGAUCCUUUUGUAUAGACUUUGCCAAAAGAAGAUGAAUUUGUUGAUGCUGAAAGAUUUUAAUAAGUAGAAAAUGAUAUAAAUGAUAUUUUGGAUCUUUAAGAAUAAGAUUUAAUUAAAAUCAAUGAAAGAUUAUCAGAGGAUGAUUAACCUAAAGAAUUAGGGAAUAUUAAUGAAAAAAAUAAAUAAAAUUAUAUUAAUAAAAUGAAAAAAGUGAAUAAAUUAAUUGAAGACUUAAAAGGAAAGAAAUAAGUAUUAGAAUAGAUUUAGAAAUAAAAUGAAGUUAAUGAUGAUCCAAGGUAUACUUUAGUAUUUCCAACAGAAUAUGUUCAAGUACUUUAAGAUUACAAUCAAUUAUAAAAGAAUGUAGUUAUAAGUGAACCAAUUCCUGAUUUAAAGUAAGUAAAAGAUUAGACCAAAAUUUUAAUUGAUUAAGAAUUCUAUUUUAUUCAAUGA